UGACCGUCGAGAGGGGCGCGUAGAGCGGCCCUGGCCGUGCGCUCAGCGCCCCUUGGCGGGCGGGCGGGCGCGGCGGCGGCGGUUCCCAUGGAGAUGGAAGAUGGCGCCCAGGGGCCGCCAUCGCUCCUCGGCGCCGCUGCAGAUCCUGCUUUUCCUCAACGGCUGGUACAGCGCCACUUAUUUCCUCCUGGAGGCGUUCGUGUUCGUGUACAAGGUGCUGCUCCUGCCCUAUCCCGUCUCCAACCUGGUGCUGGACGUGGUGCUGCUCCUCCUCUACCUCGGCACUGAGGCCACGCGGAUCUUCUUCGGCUCCAAGGGGAACCUGUGCCGGCGGAAGGUGCCGCUGUCGCUCAGCCUGGCGCUCACGGUGCCGGCGGCGGCGCUGGCCGGGUACUACCUGCUGCUCCAGACCUAUUCCCUGCGCCUGGAAUCCUUCCUGAGCGCCAUCCUGCUCCUCUUCUACGGCCUCGAGCUGCUCCUGGGCCUCCUGGCGCUGCUCUCCUUCUCCAGCGCGGAUCCCUACUGAGGCCACACCGGGGACACGGCCCAGGGACACAGGGAAGUGUGACCGGUGCCAGCUCCACUUCCCAGCCCUGGGAAAGGGAGGGAUCCCACUUUUUCCACUCCUCGUUUCACCUGGACUCAUCCCUCCCACCUCUCCUGCUCCUACCUGGACUCGUCAUUCCCACCUUUUCUGCUCCCGUCUGGACAAAUCCUCCCUCUUACUCCUCCCACUCCCACCUGGACACAUCCCUCCUGCUUUUCCCACUUCUACACUUGGACUCAUCCCUCCCACCUUUCCCACUCCCACCUGGACA